UUGUGUUACUAGUGGCAAGCGGGGUGUGAUGGCUUCAAGUCACGACCCAUAAUUCAAUAAUUCACAAUUAAGUUUUGCAUCUAAUUUCAAAAGCACAUUUUUGAGAAAAAAUUGUUUUGGAUAGAAAUUAUUUUAAUAUGUUCAAUCGAUCAAAAACUGUUUUAAGAUGGGGGGGGGGAAUACAUCUUUUAAUUAGUUAAGUGCCAGUUGUUGAUAUUGUGGAGGAGCGGGGCUCGCUACAGACGCGGAUGAAGAGGGGACGCGCACGGCGGCUCCACAUUUGACGUCGGCGACUCCCUCGGCGGCGAGGCUCGUAUGGCGGACGGGUAAGCCGGAGUGUGGGACUCGUUCAUUUUUUUUAUUUUUUUUAACGUAUAACCAGCGAGCCUGCAACCUCUUCCAUAUCGCUGUAAUCAAGGUUACUUUUUUUUUUUAAAAAAUGUCGGAAGAAAUCGAGGAAACGAAAACGGGCGAGGAAACCUCAAUGGACGAGAAAGAGGUUGAUGACAAGGUGAUCAGUCCUGAGAAGGCAGAGGAAGCCAAACUCAAGGCCAGGUACCCAAAUUUAGGGCAUAAACCCGGGGGCUCCGACCUGCUCCGCAAACGCCUUCAGAAAGGGCAAAAGUACUUUGAUUCUGGCGACUACAACAUGGCUAAAGCAAAGAUCAAGAACAAGCAGCUGCCAACCGCAGCACCAGAAAAAACCGAGAUCACAGGAGACCAUAUCCCUACCCCCCAAGAUUUGCCCCAGAGAAAACCCUCCCUGGUUGCCAGCAAACUGGCAGGCUGAUAGCCACACACUUCCUUCGCCCUGCGUCCAUUCCCAUCCUUAACUUCUCCACGCUACCCCUCAGACCCACAACUUUAACUCCUACAUGCAUCUACCCUGUAUCCAAGGCCCUGCACCAAGAGAAACCCUAGCAGUCAGUGACUGGACUUGCUAAUACACUUCCAGUCCUUUUUUUCUUUUUCUUCUUCCUCCUUUUCCCUGAAGCUCUUGGCACCAUCCGUUCUUCCUCUUUUUUCUUCCCCUUUUUGUCCUGAUCUUCUGUCCCCCCCCACACACACACACUUAUUGCCCUACUUUUGCAGCCCUCAUCCAUCUCCACUACUUUGAUUUAAAUUCUAUGUAUGAUACACUGAAAGACAGGUUCUGUGUAACAAGCAGACUGUGAUGUUCCUGCGCAACUGAUGAACGACUGCUCACGCCAUGUUUGUUGUCCUACAAGGGAAAGAUUGGUGGAAGAUGCACCCCUGUAUGUUUUGAGAGCUUCAUUGUGAUCACUGGGAUCCCUUAGUUCCGAAGUGUACAUAUUUCCCAUUGUUUGGCAAAGCAGCAGAUGUCAGCCUUUUAGAAAGUGUUACAUUAUAAUUGUAUCAUUCAGUGUAUGUCCUUACUCUAAAUUAUGCUGUUAAUGUGCUUGAGUGAUUGACUAAAUGUAAUACAGCCUCCCAUGCAGUCGUGGCUGAGAUCAGAUGCUCUGUCUUGUUGGCAUGUUUAUUGUGAGGCGCAGAGGGGAAAAUGCUAUACAGAUGGACCACAGCGAAGUCCAGAGGGUUGUAUGGAACUGCAUGUGUAAUGUAGGGCUCCCAAAAGCAAACUUUAUCCACCACCAAACUGACUCAUCCUAGGUGCACUGAACACACACGGACAUGUACAUAUAUGCUGACAAGCUCGGUGCGCUGUGUGAUCACCUCGUGUGAGGUAGAUUGGCUUGAAUUUUGGACAUUUCCAACCCUUGAAGCAGAGGGGUUUAAAGAGAUGAGGGUGGUGUUGUCUGCAGUAGAACUCUGGUAUAAAAAGUUGCAGCUGCAUUUGUGGUCUACUCUGCAACUCAGCCUUUCGUGACAACACCAACCUCAUAUUUAAGGGUCCAUGUCCCAGCAGUUGUGAAUUCACUCAGAUCAGCCUGAAGGAGUACAUGGGACUUAAGAGAACUAAAUUCCAGUUAGUAGGGACCAUCCUUUAUGCCCUGCAAGCUGAAUGGGUUGAAUUUUAUUGAAAAAAAAAAAGACUUCUAGUGAUGGGAGCAAAUGUCAGCAUUUUGAAUCGUGUAUAAACAGCACUCAUUGGGCCUCAUUCAUCAAGUGUUCGUACUCGCACAUUUGUUCUUGCAUACCCUUGGGAUUUUUUAGCCCUGAGGUUUGUCUCGGAGACCAGUGUAGAAACUUGGUAACCCCUGAAUUUAGACGCCAAUGUCUUUGCAAUCACUCAUUGCAAGAGGUAGACAGCAGAUGUUUGGGGGGGGGGGGAUUACAAAUGACCAUCAGGCUUUGCUUCUGACUGUGAGACAGUAUUGAGAGCUAAAAAAAUUCCAUGGGCGUGUAAGAAUAAAUUUGUACGUACGGACGAUUGAUGAGUUAGGGCCCUCGUUCGUACCCAAAGUAUAAUAAUAAAAUGUCUUCUUGAUGUAGUGCCCUUCCCUGGUCCCUACUGACUGGUUUGGCAUUUACCUGUGAUGUGGACCAGGUUAAAAAAAAUCUAAAAUAGCACUACAUCUGUCUGAUUUGUGCAUGUAUAUGGCUGCCCCGCUAUCACUUUGUGCCAUUUUGUUUUGUAAAUAAAAUAGUUUUGCACAAACAUUACAA